GUACACAAUGUGGAUUCCCGAACGCGUCCUUUAUCUUAACUCCUGGAGUAAAUUAACCGACCGGUCUUGUCGACGAAUGUUGUAUCUCUUCUCUAGCCACGUCAAGCGCGUUAAUAAAAAUGGUGGAAAUUGAGUCAAUGACGAGAUACGUCUCACCUGUGAACCCAGCUGUCUUCCCGCUGCUGGCUGUGGUGUUGUUAGGAAUCGGAGUGUUCUUUACAGCCUGGUUCUUCGUGUAUGAGGUCACAAGUACCAAAUUCACACGAGAUAUAUUCAAGGAACUCCUGAUCUCCCUGGUCGCGGCAAUAUUCUCCGCCUUCGGGGUAUUAUUCCUGCUGCUCUGGGUCGGGAUUUAUGUAUAGUCUUAACAUAUUUGUUUCAGCUUAGGUUAGUCGGCAAAAGAAAAUAAGUAUACUUGAUGGCAUUUAAAUUUUGAAACAAAAAAAAUAACACAUCAUUUUCAAGAUUUAUUAUACACACCAUAGUUGAAUAAACGCAUUUGUGAGUAUUUUAUAUA